GUUCCUAGCGGAAGACUGGUGCGACAAUGACCAUCCAUGUAGAGGGGCUUGUGGCUAUCGCGAUCUUCUAUCUACUGAUCCUGUUCGUGGGCAUCUGGGCGGCAUGGAAGAACAAACACUCCGGGGAGGCGGAGGGCACCGACCGCAGCGAAACCAUCAUGGUCGGAGGGAGAGACAUUGGAUUAUUUGUCGGUGGAUUUACCAUGACAGCGACCUGGGUUGGAGGAGGUUACAUCAAUGGCACAGCUGAAUAUGUGUAUUUACCGGAUUAUGGUUUAGCUUGGGCACAAGCUCCCUUUGGAUAUGCCCUCAGUCUUGUUGUGGGUGGUCUUUUUUUCGCUAAGCCCAUGCGCUCACGAGGUUACGUCACCAUGUUGGACCCGUUUCAGCAGAUGUAUGGGAAACGCAUGGGUGGCCUCCUCUUCAUACCUGCACUCAUGGGUGAGAUCUUCUGGUCUGCCGCCAUCUUAUCUGCCCUUGGUGCUACUCUGAGUGUCAUUGUGGACAUCAACAUUAAGAUGUCAGUGGUUAUCUCAGCACUCAUUGCAAUCUUUUACACCCUGGUUGGAGGACUUUACUCUGUGGCCUACACUGAUGUUGUGCAGCUCUUCUGUAUCUUUAUUGGCCUGUGGAUCAGUGUCCCCUUUGCUUUGACCAACCCUGCGGUGACAGACAUUACUGUUACUGCGGUGAAGCAUGUGUACCAGUCGCCCUGGAAAGGCAGCAUCAACAGGAAGGACACCUGGGUCUGGAUCGACAACUUCUGCCUCCUGAUGCUUGGAGGAAUACCCUGGCAGGUGUAUUUCCAGAGAGUCCUCUCUGCUUCCUCGGCUACCUACGCCCAGGUCCUCUCUUUCCUGGCUGCGUUCGGGUGCCUCGUCAUGGCUGUGCCCUCCGUUCUCAUCGGGGCCAUCGGGGCCUCCACAGACUGGAACCAGACAAGUUAUGGUGCCAUUCCUCCUAAAGAGAGGGACCAAGCAGACAUGAUUCUGCCCAUCGUGCUCCAACACCUUUGCCCGCCAUUCGUCUCCUUUUUCGGCCUGGGUGCUGUGUCUGCAGCUGUCAUGUCAUCUGCAGACUCUUCCAUCCUUUCAGCAAGCUCCAUGUUUGCGAGAAACAUCUAUCAGCUCGCCUUCAGACAGUCGGCGUCUGACCGUGAGAUCGUGUGGGUGAUGCGCAUCACUAUCUUUGUAUUCGGCGGCCUUGCUACGUUGAUGGCGCUGGUAACCGGGACAGUUUAUGGCCUCUGGUACCUGAGCUCAGACCUGGUCUACGUUAUCAUCUUCCCCCAGCUGCUCAGUGUGCUCUUUGUCAAAGGCACCAACACUUACGGCUCGGUGGCUGCUUACCUGUUCGGCAUGGUACUGCGUAUAGGUGGAGGUGAGCCCUACCUGCAGCUGCCUCCUUUCAUCUACUACCCAGGAUGGACCAUUGAGCAGAGGAUGCACCACAUAACUGGAGAAAUGGAGGAUGUUGUCAUCCAGAAGUUUCCCUUCAAGACCGUCUCUAUGGUCGCCUCCUUUCUGGGUAACGUUGCUUUUUCCUACCUGGCAAAGUACCUGUUUGAGAGCGGCAAGAUUUCACACAAAUACGACUUCCUCGACGCUGUUGUGUCCAAGCAUAGCGGAGAGAUUAUGGAUAAGACAACGCUUGUAACUCGUGGCAACAACAUCGGGCUAUCGGAGAUGUCGUCUGUCAAACCACGGCUGAGCGUGACCUUGGCGGCCGCCUUCACACGCCGUAACACGCUGCCAGCGGAAACCGUUGAGGAGGAGGAGGAGUCCAGCCCUGACUCCUCUCACCAUGAUGAAAAAUGA